AUGAGGCGCUGCUUAGCGCUUCUUCUCGUACUUGUGGCUGUAGCCCAAGCCACAGUCGAUCCAUGUAAAAGACAGCCAUUCAGGGGAAGAUGCCCUUCUGUAGAGGGAGCUCCACCCAAAAGAAGUCAAUUUGUUCUUAGAUAUUAUUCCAGAAACGGAGAAUGCGUCAGUUAUCCAUACGGACACUGCGCCUCUGACUCUUCUGAACCUCAGUUAUACAGAUACAAAGAGGAAUGCGAAGAUGCUUGCAUCACUCCCCCUCCAGCUAACUUAGGAUCUCCAAAGGAUGGUUUCGAUCAAACUUACGGAACUGUUGCUCCUGUAAAGGAAAGCCCAACAGUUGCUAAGGUUGAAGAGACACAAACCACAACAACGAUCACUAGUACUGAAGCUCCAUCCACAACUGAAGCCUCAACAACCACCGAAGCUCCAACAACCACUGAAGCUCCAACCACUGCCGAAGCUGUUACUACAGUAGAAGUUACAACAACUACUGAAGCUACUACUGAAGCGCCCACAACAACUGAAGCUCCCACCACUCUCAGUACUACACCAAGCACUACUUCCACCACAGAAGCUCCAUCUUCUACUGCUGAAACUUCAUCAACUGAUGAAUCUACCGAAGUUUCUGAGGAGUCCAUCGAAGAGUCUACUCAAGAAGUUCAAACAGCUGAGUCUACUACUGAAGCAUCUACAACUACUACCGAAGAGCCAACAACUGUGAAACUCACAACAGUGACUUCCACUACCACAACUACAAGCACAACCACCACCACUGAAGCACCAAUUGUAGAGAAGAAAGUUGAAAAAGUUCCUGUUCUUCAGAGAGCUGAAUCCACUACUCCUUCAACAACCCUCCCAGUCGAAGUUGUCCCAACAACAGCUGUCCCUCGCACAGAUUGUGAGCGUCGCCGUGCUGCUGCUGCUUCAUCAAAGAUCCGAGGAGGAUUCGUUCCAGUCUGCAAAGGAAAUGGUGAUUUCGAGCCUCUUCAAUGUGAACUUGAUGGACGUCAAUGCUUUUGCGUUGACCAAAGUGGAAUUGAAAUCGCUAACAGUAGAACUCACAACGGAGUGAAACCCGAUUGUGCAAAGAUUGAAGCUGCUGUACGUCCAAGAGUUCAAGAAUGUUCUGGUGAUUUCGAGAGAGGACCAUGCGCUUCUCAUAUGGAACGCUGGCACUAUGUUGAAGCUGAGCAGAAAUGUAAACAGUUCUCUUACUCUGGUUGUGGAGGAAACGGAAACAACUACGAAACUGAAAGAGACUGUAUGGGACGUUGUGCUCCUCUGAACGCUCCACCCAAAUGUGCUAAAGGAGAGCCACUCCAAAGCAAGCAGGGAUCUCUCAUCAACUGUGCCAAGACUGAUUGUCCAUCCGGCUAUAAAUGCAAUGUGGGACAACAAACCAGCGUCUGCUGUCCAGAUACUGAGAAGACAGUUGGACUCCAACAAUCAACCACUGUCGGAGAUGUCUGUAAGUUGGAUAAGGAACGAGGACCAUGUGACAAAUAUGAGCUUCGCUUCUAUUUCAAUGGUGAAACCAAGGAAUGCAAGUAUUUCUUCUGGGGAGGUUGUGAAGGAAACGGAAACAACUUCGAAACAAUCGAGUCUUGUGAAUCUACAUGCGGAAUCGCUAAAAAUCGUGGAACUACCCGCCACCCUACUCCUAGAACUACCCAAGGAUUCAGAAUCAAUCAGAAUAGUGAAAGAACCGAGUCUACCACUCCAACUGCCACUACUUCUACUUCCGCUCCAACCACCCGGCAUCAUGUUCCAACCACAACUACAAGAGCAACUCCUCGUACUACCAGACGCCCAACUACGACAUCAAUCGAUAUCACACCAAUCCCAUCUGAUGAAGAUGAUGUUGUUGUUUCCAAUCGUAAUAACAACUUCCAAGGACAUCCAGUAGCUCCCGUAAACCCAUCGGUUCUUCUGGAAGGUAGUGAUCUCUCUGAUGCUGCUGCUGAUGUGAACCGUUGUGCUCAUCCACGUGAUUCCGGAACUUGCGGUGGACAGUUUGUUCGUUGGUUCUGGGAUGAAGAAAAGAACUCUUGUGAUGUAUUCACAUAUUCUGGAUGCCAAGGAAAUGGAAACAACUUCGCUAGCCGUGAAGAGUGUCACGCUAUUUGCCAUAAAGAAAGCACUCCUGAUUUUGCUAACGUAUGUCAUCAUGAUGUUGACGCUGGAGAAUGCAACGGUGUGUUCCAACGUUUCGCUUUCGAUUCUGAAUCUGGAGAGUGUCGUCCAUUUACCUAUGGAGGAUGUGGAGGAAACGGAAACAAUUUCGCUACUAUUGGUGAAUGCAGAAGCAGAUGCCAAGCUACUGUUCGCAAACCAUUAGUUGUUGCCACAAACCUAUGUGAUCACAACAUCGAUGUUGGAGAGUGUACUGGAGUUUUUGUUCGUUUCGGAUUUGACAAGGAGUCUAAUGACUGCCGUCAGUUCACUUAUGGAGGAUGCGGUGGAAACGGAAACAACUUUGCUUCUCUUCUUGAAUGCCGCAACGUUUGUGUGAAGAAGGCUUGCCCACAAGUUACAGCUACCUGUGACAUGUCCAGAUGUCAAAUUGUAGAAGACCAGAACGGUUGCCCAUUCUGCAGUUGCUCACCAGUCAAGCAACCUCUCCCACCUGUUCCAACACACUGCGCUCCGGUCAAUGAGAACUCUUGCCAUGAGCCAUGUCUUCUCAUUAACAAUAGAAGAGGAUGUCAAGAAUGUGUAUGUCCCAAGACAACUCAAGCUACACAUGCUCCUCAACCACCCCCAACUCAAAUCACUCAACAGCAAAUCUUUGGAAAUCCUCCAGGACAUCAAACUGGUAGAGCUCCAGCACCUGAAGUUGUUGUUGGACCUCCAGCCUCAGCUACUCGUAUCGCUCCUCCAUCCCCCAACAGCAUUGUCAGAGCCCACGAUGUCAAGACUGUUUCUUCUCAACAAAAAACUUCUGAAAUCGAAACUUCUAGACCUUUCCUUCCUCCAACUUUGAACGCUGAAUUGAAUGAGAAAUGUCUUCAACCAGUUGAAGUUGGACCAUGCAAAAACUUUGUUGACCGUUGGUUCUUCUCCAGCGAAGAUGGAACCUGUCGUCCAUUCAAAUAUGGAGGAUGUGCUGGAAACAGAAAUCAUUUCUUCACCCAAAAGGAAUGCGAGAUUCACUGUGCCCGAUUCUUACGUUCGCUUUCAAGCGAGAAUUCGGCCAAUUCGCAUGUGCAUGACAGUCUACCAACUCUCAAAAACUGGGUUUAUCAUGUGGAAGCAACUCACCGUCCUUUACCCGACCAACCACAUCUCACGACACCACAACCUCAACUUCCUCCGGUUUAUACAACUGCCAGAUCGAUUGAUGAGUCUUUUGUUCCCACUUCCCCUGAAUUUGUUCACCAUUCUUCCUCAUUGCCUCAAGCACAACGACAUCCCACAACAGUUCAACGAUUCGAGCUUCCUUUCGAUCUCCCAACUCGUGUGAGAGCUCAUGCUACCACUAACGUUGAAGGAGGGACUCAUGAGGAACUCCAGUUCUUCCCAGAAACGUACGAAGUUAAAAGUUCACUGAAUCCUUCACAUCAAAAACAACACGCUGUUCCAACUUUUGAUGAUACGCAAAAAUCUCUUGUUGUUCCACAAUCUCGUCAAGUUCUGAACUUUGCCGGUCCGCAGCAGCAUCAACAACUUCAGCAUCACUCUCAGUUUGCUCCUAGCCAAACCAGUGAUCAACAACAUCCACAGGCUUUUGCUAACCUACCUACAACUGUUUCUGCUCAUGAUUUCAAUAGCCCAGUUCACCCUGGAGGACGCCUGAGACAAAACUUCCAACAACAGUUCCACUCUCAGAGUCCAACUCAGUCACCUCACUCCACAACCACUGAAGAAAGGCAAGCACCUCAGAUAGUCCAAAACUUCACUCCACGCGUAAGCAACCAACAUCAUACAGCUCCAGAAAAUGUUCGCCCUAUCCCACGUCGGCAGGAGUCUGCUAAUUUGGAACAAGCUUCAAAUCCUAUCCCAUUAAAUCGCCCAGCACCAGCAACGUACACUAUGUCUCAUGUGGAUAACUAUGAUCCAUCCCGGAAUCCUAACUUGGAAGGCUUGUCUCCUCCUGUUGAUCCUACUUAUUUCACUUACAACUCACAAAACUUGGGAGUUCGUCGCCAAUUUGCGGUUAACAGUAUCCCACUGGAACGACACUUGCCUCCUCCAGUUCCACGAUCCAAUCUACCAUCAAACGACUUCAACCAGCAGAGGCCUCAAGCAACUCGUCCAAUCCAAUCCCAUGAAAACCGUUUCAAUUUUAAUAAUCAGGAGAGACCCGUUGCUACUACACGCGUACAUGCUGAGCAUAAUGAGAAUCUUGUACCAUUCCAAGAGCCAUCGCGUCCUCACGUUAUGCCAACAACAACUGAGGGUCCAACUCGAUUCGUUCCAAUGCGUCCCAAACAUAUUCGUUUAGCAUCUGAGACAAGCUCAAAUGAACACAAAGUUAAUAGCGUUCAAAGUACUCCUCAAACCACAACUCCACAACCUGUAGUUCAAAGACGUAUUCAACAUCAGUUCCAACAUCCUCAACAUGCAACAAAUCAUGGUGUUCGUAACUCUGAUGAUCUUCGUAAAGAUAUAGAGAGAUCUGAGUCAUUCUCAGAGGAUGAAAGGCCAUUGACCCCACUCGCUGGAACUAUACCUGGGAUUCGUAUAAACAAAACUCAAACAAUCGAUCUGACUAUUCACGCUCCAAAACAUUCUUCAGCUCGCGCCGAAGAAUUCCACCAACGCUCGCAAGAAUUCCAGAAGCACGUACAACCAUUCAUGGAAGUUGCACGUAAUGUGUUUGAAAACUAUCGUAAUGGUACUCCAAUCUCCAAAUCAGCCUUUAUGCAUGAACAAAAACAUUUCCCGUCUAAUGCUCCACAACUUGUUGUUCCAGAUCAUCGAUCACGUAAGCUUCACGAAUUAUCUGAUUCAGUAGAUUUGCCUCUAUUUAUGCUUCCACCACCAAGCACAUCACCCAACACUUCACAAAUCAAAGGCGGCACAUCUUCAGAUUUCUUAAACAACACAACUGUUUUUAAUCCAUCUCCUACACGUAAUACAAGUCUGAAUGCACUUCACACUCUCCCUAACAUUCCCUUCGAUAACUUUCCUGCUGCCAUGCAGCGCGCUAACCAAACCUUACAAGCCUUGUGGUCAUCCGAAUCUAAUACAAAUGUCGUCUCUAACAAUCGACUAUCAACGGUGGCAACAACCACAAAACCGAAAAACCCAAAGACGUCCAAUCUUACAACAACUGACCGCCAUAUACAUGCAAUCAUCCGUGAUAUGCUUACAGAACAACCAGACGACUUCUCUUCCGAAGAAGACGAAGACAAUACCGACUUCCUCCCAUCAGUCAACCGACGUCGCCCAAUCGCUGCCGGUGUUAGCCAACAUCAUGAAGCUGUUCCUCUUCCCGUUGAUAACUAUAAAUCUCCCGAUCCUAUACUUCGAGGAAAUCAACCAUCUCCUUAUGGUAAGAAGGAAAAAUCUGCUCUUCCCGUCCAAGGAAGCACAUUAGAAGCCAUGGCUUCUGGUCAGGCAGUCAACUAUCCAACUAUCAUAACAACCCAAGGAUACAAGAUCACCACGACCACGACUGCCACCAGCACUGCCUCCACUACCACCACCACCCCUACGACAACGACAACCACGACUUCUAGUACUGAACCAGCACGCACUUCCCCAUCUAGCACUACUGCUUCUAUUUCUAUAAGUUCAACUACAUCACCCGUUACUGCAGAUGUCACAACCACUACUGCAGCUCCAACAGAAGCUCCUUCAAGCACAACAACAGCUCCAACAACUACCACAACUACUCCUGUUCCUACAACAACACUGAAAGAAAAGAUUCAACUUCCAGUCGAAAAAGAGAUCAUUGAAUCUUCUAAAUUCUCAAACGAAAAAGUUCUGAAGAUUACGGACGAGGAACAUACUUUCCAAGAAACUGCAGUUGAACAAGAAGAGAAAACUGAUGAGCACAAAUCUUCUUUGAAAAAAGUUGAAAUCGGCAUGAAGCACCGUACUUCUAUCACAAAAACCACAGUUGCUCCCACAACUCAAGCCGUUGAGGUAACCACAUCUGCAGAAGACUCGAAAGAGGAAACUGUUGCUGAAGUGGAUACUGAAAUCACUAUCGAGUCUAGCACCGCUCCAGUCACUGUCACAUCUCCUGUCACAACAAGGGCUGCACGUCUCAGUUCCACAACUGUUGAUACCACGACAACUCAGGUUUCCAGCUCAGCCCCCACAACUACAGUUGCUCCUACUUCCACAUCUUCACUUCCUUCUUCUACUUCUUCUACUUCUUCUGUUCCUUCUACUUCUUCUGCUGCACCUUCAACCGUCUCUCAAGCUGAAAUUUCUCUUGAUUCAGAUGAAAUUGCUGCUCCAUCUGCUAUCCCCGUUAGCGCUGCUGGAGUAUCUCAUUUCGAACCAAAGCAUGAAGAAGAAGUUUUGAACCCUGACCUCAGCGUUGGACGUGACCCUAUUCCAACAGGGCCUGUAGGAAUCGGAAGAAACCUUGAGCCUCUUGAUCUCGAUGGUCUUGAAGAGCCUACAACUGUUGUUCCAACUACAAAGAAAGCUGUAGCUUUCACAGUUGCCGCGCCUCCAGCUCCAGCUCAAAUAAACCCUAACGUUCAUACCCUCAGAACUGAAACUUUUGAUGCUAAAGUUGUAUGCGCUUUGGCUCCAGAAACUGGACCAUGUACCAACUACAUUCAAAGAUGGUUCUUCAACGCUCAAAGCCUUCAAUGUGAGCAAUUCUCAUUCGGAUCAUGUGGAGGUAACCAAAAUAACUUCGCUGAUAGAACAACUUGCGAGCUGAAAUGCAUGAGUGCACUAGGCUCCGUCACAUCCCAAGUUCCUGAACGCUGUUCUUAUGAUAAAGAUCCUGGUUUCGGACAAGGUUACAAUGUAAAGUGGUACUUCAACAUGAAAAACCUACGUUGCGAGCAAUUCGUUUACGAAGGACAAGGCGGAAACAGCAACCAAUUCGAAACACUGAGCGACUGUGAGAGAUUCUGUACUCCACAACCAAAAUCAUCAUCUGCUGGACAAGUUUCUGCUCUUCCAACAACAACAUUAGCUCCUACCACACAAACUAAGGCCACAGAAGCAGCUACUGUUUCUACUACUUCAAUUCCAACAACAGAAGCUGUGGCAACAACCAAAACUCCUGCUUCUCAUUCUCUCCGACCACUCCCAGAACAACCACUCUCUGUUUCUAUCGAUGAGAACGAGAACAUUGAGAGCAUCAAUAACAACAAUAACAACAACGAAGACUACGAUAGUUCCGAAGUUGAUGAGGGUGAUCUACUCCCAGUUCCUACCAACAUUAAAUCUCAACCAACUCCACCUGCCGGUCUCCCAGAAGUUAGUAAAACCGAUGACGUCAAGCCUCCUGCUCAUGCUGCUAAGACUGUUACUCAAGAGGAAGUUGAAGCUGAGAAAUCCGUAGAAAAGAAAGACAAGGACAAUUACAAGGCAGAGCCAAUUGCUGUUCAGACUCAAGAAUCUGGAUUGGAUAAUCUUCCACGUGUUGGACCAAGCCCUCCAAUGAAGGUUGAUUACCAAACUGGUCAAAUUAACCCUGUGAUUAGCGGAAUCAAGACUUUCCCUGAAGGAAGAAUUCCUGUUGACAAGACAGAAUUUGACUCGGAAGACGGUGCUCGUCAAAACUUGCCAUCCUGUCCAAAUGGACUUCAAGAAAUGAGAUAUGCUGAUGGCCGUCCAGUUAUGUGCCUUCCAGGAAAGAACCAAUGCCCAGACAAAUCUGUCUGUUACUUCAACGGAAUUGAUUUCUUCUGCUGUCCAAACAUUGAUGAUCCUUAUGAUAAGCACGUAUUCGGUGGUUAUGAUGGAGAGGAAACUAAGCAUGGAUAUAAAAUCUUCGGCCCACUCCGUGUUCGCCGAUUGAUGGACGAAGUUCCUCUUCGUACAAAGAGACAAACUUCCAUGGAUAGAGCUUUCAACACUGCUCCAGUCAGCUUCAGUAUCGAUUCUGUCAUUGCUCCUCUCAGAUUUGAUGCUGAGAAGCCACGUUCAAUUAGCAGAGCUGCACGUAUGCGUAAACCAACUCCACCACAACACGGAAACCCUAUGUGCAUGCUUCCUUUAGCUAAGGGAGAUUGCCAAGAAGCCCAUCUGAGAUACUUCUACGACAAGGAAAGCGAUUCAUGUAGACUGUUCCACUAUUCAGGAUGCCAAGGAAACGCUAACAAUUUCGGAUCUUUGGAAGAUUGUCAAAGACUUUGCGUCUUAUCAGGACAACCCACUGUACGUCAAACUCCAGCCCCUGUUGUACAAGAAGAAAGACCAACCGCUCCUGUUGGCCAGUGCCCCGUAGGCUCUCCAUUAGGAGGAAACGCCCCUGUUCUCUGUGGAAGCUCUACCGACUCCAUCGGUUGCCCAGAAGGUUAUUAUUGCCGUGCUGGACCUCCUGAUGUUUGCUGUCCAGGACCAAAUCCAUCAGAACCAAAAAAAGAAAUUAGAUUUGCUCCUGAAGUACCUAGAGCUCAUAGUCCUCGUGGGUUCCGCAAUGAGGUUCUCAUCUCAACUCCAAUCUUCAUGUGCCCCGAUGCAUCUGAUCCUUUGAUGGCCGAAAACGGAAAGCCUCAAGUUUGUGGAUCUGGCUUCGACGGAAUGCAGAUGUGUCCUAGAGGAUACUAUUGCGCUAUUGACAACGAAAGUGGAAGCAGACUGUGCUGUUCUCUUUUGGGAAACGCAGAGCGUAUUCCAAAUCAGCAAGUUAACGCUCCCUACUUUGGAAGAAGAUCUUCAAACCCUGGUGAGGUUAUCGAACGUGGUUCACUACCCAGUGAUCAGGUUACUGAGAAAGCUCUGCCCAGUUCAGUCCCUGCUGUCGACUUUUCGACAAUUGAUGCUGUAGUUGAUAACACCAAAACUUCCAUCCCAUCGGACACUUCUUCGGAAGAGUACGAAGAUGAAGAAGAGGAGACACCAGAGCAUCUUUUGUUGAAACCAUUGAGCCGUCAUGAAAAACUCCAACAAUCAGCUGCUUCUGAGUCACCAAAAGCAAGCAAUUUAGAAUCAGAAAUUGUUAACAUCGAUAUGCCAAAGGAAUCAACAACUGUUGUUGAAGAAGUGUCAGUGCCGAAAAUUAAUCCCAUGGAUCAAACUAUUUGUCACGUAAAACCAACAGAGGGGCGAGCUUGUCGUGAAGAUGAGAAAGCUCCUAAAACCAAUCUCCAAUACUUCUACUCUGCCAAAGAUAAUCGGUGCAAACUCUACUUCUACCGAGGAUGUGGUGGAAAUGAGAAUCGCUUUGAAAAGAAAGCCGAUUGCGAAUCUCUCUGCGUAGUGAAACUUUAA